AUGAAGAAGAUGAGCAACAUCUAUGAGUCAGCUGCCAAUACGUUGGGAAUCUUUAACAGCCCCUGCCUGACCAAAGUUGAGCUGCGUGUGGCAUGCAAAGGCAUUUCUGACAGAGAUGCUCUUUCCAAACCAGACCCCUGUGUCGUCCUCAAGAUGCAGUCCCACGGGCAGUGGUUUGAGGUUGACAGAACAGAAGUGAUUCGCACCUGCAUAAACCCAGUGUAUUCAAAACUGUUCACUGUGGACUUUUACUUUGAAGAGGUGCAGCGUCUGCGGUUUGAAGUUCAUGACAUCAGCAGCAACCACAAUGGGCUGAAGGAGGCUGACUUCCUGGGUGGCAUGGAGUGCACACUUGGCCAGAUUGUUUCCCAGAGAAAACUGUCUAAAUCCUUGUUGAAGCAUGGGAACACAGCAGGGAAAUCCUCCAUCACGGUGAUUGCAGAAGAAUUAUCUGGCAAUGAUGACUACGUUGAACUUGCAUUCAAUGCACGGAAAUUGGAUGACAAGGAUUUCUUCAGUAAAUCUGACCCAUUUCUGGAAAUUUUUCGUAUGAAUGACGAUGCAACCCAACAGCUUGUACAUCGAACUGAGGUUGUUAUGAAUAACUUAAGCCCAGCCUGGAAAUCAUUCAAAGUAUCAGUCAAUUCUCUAUGCAGUGGAGAUCCAGACCGCCGGCUGAAGUGCAUAGUGUGGGACUGGGACUCCAAUGGCAAACACGACUUCAUUGGAGAAUUCACCUCGACAUUCAAGGAGAUGAGAGGAGCGAUGGAAGGGAAACAGGUGCAGUGGGAGUGCAUCAACCCCAAGUACAAAGCCAAGAAGAAGAAUUAUAAGAACUCAGGCAUUGUGAUUUUGAAUCAGUGCAAGAUCCACAAGAUGCAUUCUUUCUUGGACUACAUCAUGGGUGGCUGCCAAAUCCAGUUUACAGUAGCUAUAGAUUUCACAGCCUCAAACGGGGACCCCAGGAACAGCUGUUCCCUGCACUACAUCCACCCUUACCAACCCAACGAGUACCUGAAAGCCUUGGUGGCUGUGGGGGAGAUCUGCCAAGACUAUGACAGUGACAAAAUGUUCCCAGCCUUUGGGUUUGGUGCCAGGAUACCCCCAGAGUACACGGUCUCUCACGACUUUGCAAUCAACUUUAAUGAAGACAACCCGGAAUGUGCAGGAAUUCAAGGAGUUGUGGAGGCCUAUCAGAGCUGUCUUCCUAAGCUCCAGCUUUACGGUCCUACCAACAUCGCCCCCAUCAUUCAGAAGGUCGCCAAGUCAGCAUCAGAGGAGACUAACACCAAGGAGGCAUCGCAAUACUUCAUCCUGCUGAUCCUCACUGAUGGUGUCAUCACAGACAUGGCCGACACCCGGGAGGCCAUUGUGCACGCCUCCCACCUGCCCAUGUCGGUCAUCAUCGUCGGGGUGGGCAACGCGGACUUCAGUGACAUGCAGAUGCUGGAUGGAGACGACGGCAUUCUGAGGUCACCCAAGGGAGAGCCUGUCCUUCGAGACAUCGUCCAGUUCGUGCCCUUCAGGAACUUCAAACACGCAUCUCCAGCUGCCCUGGCAAAGAGCGUGUUGGCUGAAGUCCCAAAUCAAGUCGUGGACUAUUACAAUGGCAAAGGGAUUAAACCAAAAUGUUCAUCGGAAAUGUAUGAGUCUUCCAGGACACUAGCACCGUGAA